AUGGAAGCUGCAGAUGCCUCGCAGAGUGAUGGGGCCAGCCCGGGGGCCAGUCCGGAAACCAGGGAAGCCCGCAGUCUCCCAGGCCCUACCAGCAGCCUGGAGAAUGGGGCCAAGGCUGAUGGUAAAGAUGCCAAGACCACCAAUGGGCAUGGUGGGGAGACAGCUGAGGGUAAGAGCCUAGGCAGCCCCCUCAAACUAGGUGAGGGAAAGAACUCCCUGUUUUUGGGGAACGAGUGGCGAAGGCCCAUCAUUCAGUUUGUGGAGUCCGUGGAUGACAAGGGCUCCAACUACUUCAGCAUGGACUCUGGGGAAGGCAAGAGAUCCCUCUAUGCUGGGCUUCAGCUGGGGGUUUCCAAGAAGCCGCCGGUCACCUUUGCUGAGAAGGGGGAGCUGCGCAAGUCCCUCUUCUCGGAGACUCGGAAGCCCGCCUCACCCAUUGCAGAGCCUAGUGAAGUCGGGAGGAACAGCUACCCCCGGGCGGACCCGGGCAUCCUCCUGCACUCCAAGCUGGGCUCCGAGGAGGUCCUCUGUGACUCCUGCAUUGGCAACAAGCAGAAGGCUGUUAAAUCCUGCCUGGUAUGCCAGGCCUCCUUCUGUGAGCUGCACCUCAAACCCCACCUGGAGGGCGCUGCCUUCCGUGAUCACCAGCUACUCGAGCCCAUUCGUGACUUUGAGGCCCGCAAGUGCCCCCUGCAUGGCAAGACCAUGGAGCUCUUCUGCCAGACGGACCAGACCUGCAUCUGCUACCUCUGUAUGUUCCAGGAGCACAAGAAUCACAGCACCGUGACGGUUGAAGAGGCCAAGGCCGAGAAAGAGACAGAACUGUCACUGCAAAAGGAGCAGCUACAGCUCAAGAUCAUCGAGAUUGAGGAUGAAGCUGAGAAGUGGCAGAAGGAGAAGGACCGUAUCAAGAGUUUCACCACCAAUGAGAAGGCCAUCUUGGAACAGAACUUUCGGGACCUGGUGCGGGACCUGGAGAAGCAAAAAGAGGAAGUGAGGGCUGCACUGGAGCUGAGGGAACAGGAUGCUGUGGACCAAGUGAAGGUGAUUGUGGAUGCUCUAGACGAAAGGGUCAAGGUGCUGCAUGAAGACAAGCAGACCAGGGAGCAACUGCAUAACAUCAGCGACUCAGUGCUGUUUCUCCAGGAAUUUGGUGCAUUGAUGAGCAAUUACUCCCUUCCGCCUCCCCUGCCCACCUAUCAUGUUCUGCUGGAGGGGGAGGGCCUAGGGCAGUCACUUGGCAACUUCAAGGAUGACCUGCUCAAUGUGUGCAUGCGUCACAUUGAGAAGAUGUGCAAAGCAGACCUAAGUCGUAACUUCAUUGAAAGGAACCACAUGGAGAACGGGAGUGACCACCGCUACAUGAACAAUUACACUAACAGCUACUCAAACGAGUGGAAUGUGCCAGACACCAUGAAGAGAUACUCCAUGUACCUCACACCAAAAGCUGGGGGCAGAACAUCAUACCAGCCAGUGUCCCCGAGUCGCCUCUCCAAGGAGAUCAACCAGAAGAACUUCAAUAAUCUCUAUGGCACCAAAGGUAACUACACAUCCCGGGUCUGGGAGUACUCCUCCACCAUGCAGAGCUCUGACGACCUGCCUAUGUCCCAAGGCAGCUCCUCCUUCUCUCUGAAAGGCUAUCCCUCCCUCAUGAGGAGUCAGAGCCCCAAGGUCCAGCCCCAGACUUGGAAAUCUGGCAAGCAGACUUUGCUGUCUCAUUACCGGCCAUUCUACGUCAACAAAGGCAAUGGAGUUGGGUCCAACGAGGCCCCAUGA